AUGGGAUUCGCAAUAAUGUUGGCUGGUGUGACACGUAAUAUUCAAAUUGCUUUAGGAAGUCAUAAUCAUACUGUUCCAAGAUUAGUUUGCGUGAUUAUGCCAUAUAAUCUUAUUCUUGCUUGGACAGAACCGAUGACCGCCAUAUCGAUGUUUGUAGUCAGUAUUGAUCGUUUAAUUUCAAUCAUCAAACCUGUUUUGUAUUUUAAAAAGAUGUUGGAUAUUCAAUAUUAUUUGAUAAUUGGCAGCAAUUUAUUUAUUUCUCUACUAAUAUUUUCAAGUGUAGUUUGUUCGUAUUUAAAUGACAGCAGAAUUCAUUUCUUCUGUUGGACACCAAAUAGUCGAUGUCCAAUAUUCAAUCGGAUUUUCUACGGUACACGCAUUACUGCAGCUAUUGGAAGUAUUAUACUUCAUAUUAUCACAUUGUUUUUUAUGCGACAAUACAACACAAAGAUAGGAGAACAACAGAAUGAUCAAUCAGUUAAGAUUAAUAAGCGUAACUUGAACCUUACAAAAACGGUAGGUUUGUCGUGUUUUGUCACUGCAAGCCUAUACGUUUUGCCUAUGAUUGUGGCAUUCCUUGAGACAAGCGAAGAUAAACUACGAGGUUCUAUUUUCACCACUGUUAUUAUAAUCACAUGUGUAAAUUCCUUCUCGAAAACAAUUAUUAUUGGCUAUCGUUUACAUGAAAUUCUAGAAGGCAUCAUUGAUCUAAUGCCAGGUAUAUUUCAUAGGUAA